AUGUAUUCAGAGAACUGGACUCAGGUAACAGAAUUUGUCCUGAUUGGUUUCCCUGGUAGCUGGGGCCUUCAGCUCAUACUAUUCUUGGGACUUCUGGUGACAUAUGUAGUGACAAUCAUGGGGAACGUGCUCAUCAUUGUACUUAGCUGGUCUGAUCACCGCCUACAAACCCAAAUGUAUUUCUUCCUGAGAAAUCUGUCCCUUCUGGAGCUGGGGUGGGUAUCUGUUGUGGUCCCCAAAAUGCUGGUCAGCCUCCUCACCAGAGACUAUUCUAUUUCCUUUGCUGCCUGCAUCAUGCAGUCCUACUUCUAUUUCCUCCUAGCUACCACUGACUAUUUCCUCUUGGCUGUCAUGUCCCUGGAUCGCUACUUAGCCGUCUGUCGUCCAUUACACUAUGAGACCCUGAUGAGUGGUCCCAUCUGUGUCCGACUAGUGAUAGCAUCCUGGAUUUCUGGAUUCCUUUGGGUGCUCUCUCCCACCAUCUUGAUGGCUAAUCUCCCUUUCUGUAGCUCCAAUGUCAUUGAUCACUUCUUUUGUGACAGCUGGCCACUUAUGCAACUCUCCUGUGGUGAUACCCAACUUCUCAAGUUACUGGCCUUUAUACUUUCCACAACUGUUCUUCUGGGCUCCUUGGCACUAACUGCUAUCUCCUAUGUCUACAUCUUUCUUACUGUCUUCCGUGCUCCAACAGCUACAGAAAGGAGGAAAGCAUUUUCCACUUGUGCUUCACAUCUCACUGUGGUUAUCAUUGCCUAUGGAGGCUCCAUCUUCCUCUAUAUUCGCACAUCUGAAACCCAGUCUUUGUUCCUUAAGAAAGGGGCCUCAGCCCUGGUAUGUAUCAUUACUCCACUUCUGAAUCCAUUCAUCUUUAGCCUCCGUAAUGAUAAGGUAAAACAGGCCCUAGGAGACGCCCUGAAAUGGCACAGGAACAUAGGCACCAGGAAACUAUGA